CAGCCAUACAUUGCAACUGGGAAAACCAAGGCCUUGACUAUACGCACUUUUGUUGGCAGGGUGAUGUCUCUGCUUUUGAGUAUGCUGUCUAGAUUUGCCAUAGCUUUCCUCCCCAGGAGCAAGCUUCUUCUAAUUCCUUGGCUGCAGUCCCUCUCUGUGGUGAUCUUGGAGCCCGGGAAGAUCAAAUCUGUCACUACCUCGAUUUCCUAUUAUGACGUCACAAAAGAAAGUCUGGCCUUCUGGAUGGAAGCCCGGCGUCUCUUCCCUUCCGUGGGAGCCCCCCUCCCCACUUGCUGCAACGCGAAGGAGGGAUUUGCUGGAAGCGUCUGCCUGUCGGAGGGGCGAAAGUAUCCGACAGCACCAUGGAUUAUCUUAUGGUGCCCACCUCCGCUUCCCCGAUAGAGAAACAAGACCAGGCCAUGUUCGUCACUCAAGGGAAGCCGGAGCCGGCCGCUACUCAAGGCCCCAGCACCUCAGCUGACCUGAAGCAAGAGCCCUCCAUCUUCAUACCAGCUGCACCAGCUAGGAGUAAACUCUCCCAUAAGGGUAGCAAGAUCCACAAAGGCCAGCGAGGAAACAGGAGUGCGCACCACACCCCGAAACUAAAACACAUGGGGAAGUCUUCCCAUCACCGCCACCGCCACCGCUACCGGCGGAUAACCCUGAAAGACAUCCUGAUUCGCUCCUGGCAGAAGAUCUACCCGUGUCUUGUUUACCUGCGGAAGGUCAUCUUCAAGCUGACUCAGUCCUUCCUGUUUGACUUCUUCAUCUGUGGCAUGGUGGCCAUCAACACCAUCCUGCUGGUGGUUCAGACGUUCGCUGUGGUGGAGAUACGAGGAGAAUGGUUCUUCUCUGCCCUGGAUCCAGUGUUCCUGUGUGUCUAUGUCGUGGAGGCCAUUCUCAAGUUUAUCGCAUUGGACUUUAACUACUUCCGUGACCCGUGGAACGACAUUGAUUUCUUCAUCAUGUUCAUGAUGGUGUUGGAAUUUAUCCUCGUGCUCUCCUUCACCGCCGGGCAGGGAAACCGAGGCAACACCCUCACCCUCUUUCGGGUCCUCAAAAUCAUCAAGGGGAUUCGCGCCAUCCGCGCCAUCCGCUUCCUCCUCACCCUUCGGGUGACGGAGAACCUGCAAGAAAUCACAGGCACUUUUAUGCUUUCCUUCCAGUCCAUCGGAGCUAUUAUUCUGCUCAUGUUCUCUUUCUUAUUCAUGUCUUCCGUGGUGUUGCUUGACAUGUUCCAGGAAGCGGAUAAGAAGCAUUUCGGGGACCUGUUCAAAACCAUCUUCACCCUUUUCCAGCUUUUCACUCUGGACGACUGGUCUAUUAUUUACCUCACGUGCUAUGCUGCAGGUGCCUGGUACAUUAUUAUUUUUCUCAUCAUAUAUAUCCUGGUGGAGUAUUUUCUGCUUCUCAACCUGGUGAUUGCCGUCCUGGUGGAUAACUUCCAGAUGUCUCUCCUCAAACGCCAAGAGAAGAAGAAGCUGAAGCAAAAAAUUGUCCAGCUGAAGGACAGCACAGCGGAGGACGAUCCAAUCAAGCAAGCAGAGAAGACCAAGUUGAAAGAACAGGAAGAGGAAACCCUAUUUAGGAAGACGAUGAUGGAAAAAUAUGGUAGCCUUGAGCUGACUGACAAAGAAUGGCAGCUUCUAUACAAUUAUUUCCAGAUAAUGACAGCUGUUGAGAACAGCCAACAGCAAUUCCAGUCACAAGCCUCUACCACGGACAAGAUCUUGGACACAUUUUUUGAGACAUCCGAAGAGGACUUUUUUCCCAAAUGAAGCAAGAGAAAUCCACAGUUCACUAGUGGGAUUUUUUUUUUUUUAAUGCUACCAGCAACCGCUGCAGCUAAAAAGUUGACAUAGCUGCUUUUAUUUUGACGACCUCACGAUAUCGGACCACACCGUGUUAAUGAAAUCAAGUUGUGACUCUUAGGAUGCAGCAGUUUAAACCUAGCUGUCUCGCCGGCUGUGGAUAGAUAGCAGCUCCAAAAUUCGUUUCAGAGAUUACAGCUGCUUUGGAUCAGAACUUCAGAUCACGACUUGACAUUUUCUACCUUGCUGCCAAGCGAGCAAUUUUUCAGCUUUCUGACAGAGACCUCUCUUUCCCAUCAAUUUCAGAUUUUCAGAUUUAAAUUGAAAAUGUAAUCAACGGAAAUCAGUCUUCAAAUUUUGAAAAAGCAAAAGAUUUUAAAUCGAGCAAGCUUGGACCGAAUCUAAACAUUUUUGUUUAGCAGAGGAGUCCUUUUGGGGGUAGCGCUACAUUUGCAUACAAAUUGUAGAUGUGUAACUGAUUUACGGAACGCCUCCAAAGGCGAAAAUAAUAAAAAAGGCACAUUAUAAACCAUCUUCCCUUCCCAUCUAUUCUUUAUUGAUAAGUUGAGGGAACCUAGAGGAGUGAUGUGCAAGGCGCGAAUGGGCCCACAACUAAAAUUAAACUGGCUACAACUGUUUAAAUAAAACUGAAACACG